ACCACAAUCUCCAAUUCCAGGCUUCCAUAAUAUCAACAUGGCCAGCUGAUCCGAUACCCGCUACUGAACGCCCCUACCCAUAUGAAGACUCCUUCAAGAUAGCCAAAAAGCCUCUCUAUCCUGCCUACGAAGGCCCUCUGUUCUGCUCUCCCUCCUAGUGCUGCCCAACAUGCUCAACUAUGCAGCCGGUCACCAUGGCGCCGGCGCGACAUCGACGCACCCCGGCAUGUUUGCGCCGGGAACUAAAGUCCAGGUUGGCAAGCAUAGAGUGGUAGUUGAAAAGUAUCUAUCAGAGGGUGGCUUUGCCCACGUAUACCUCGUUCGCGACCCACAGGGCGAUCCACGAUUCAAUCCUGCGGUGCUUAAACGAGUCGCGGUGCCGGAUAAAGAAGCGUUGGCGAAUAUGAGAACAGAGGUGGAAACUAUGAAGAAGCUCAAGGGCCACAAACACAUCGUUACGUAUAUAGACUCUCAUGCGAGCCAGCUGCAACAGGGGGGAUAUGAGGUCUUUCUGCUUAUGGAAUUUUGCAACGGUGGUGGAUUGAUCGAUUUCAUGAACACCAGAUUGCAACACAGGCUCACAGAGCCUGAGAUUCUCAACAUAUUCUCGGACGUUGCGCUGGGUGUUGCAUGCAUGCACUACCUAAAGCCUCCUUUGCUCCACAGGGAUCUCAAAGUCGAGAAUGUCCUCAUCACAACGUCGGGCAACAGCAGGGUUUACAAACUCUGUGAUUUCGGAAGUACGGCACCACCCAGACCAGCGGCGACAAAUGCUGCAGAAGGACGUUUGAUUGAGGAUGAUAUCCAACGUCACACAACGCUGCAAUACCGCAGCCCGGAAAUGAUCGAUGUGUAUCGACGGCAGCCGAUUGACGAGAAGAGCGACAUAUGGGCCUUGGGUGUCUUACUGUACAAGCUUUGCUAUUAUACUACACCAUUUGAGGACCAAGGCCAAAUGGCGAUACUUAACGCAAGCUUCAAGUUCCCGAGCUAUCCUUCGUUCUCAGAAAGGCUGAAGAAACUGAUCUCAUCGAUGUUGCGUGAGAACCCUCAGCAGAGACCAAAUAUCUACCAAGUCGUUCGUGAGGUCUGCUCAAUGCGGAAUGUGGAUUGUCCGAUACAGGACAUAUAUGCUACGAGGACAAGAUCGGAGACACGAAUUCACGAGCAAUUGCCUUCAACAGCUUCAAAUGUGACUUCGCCGCCUGUGGUGGGAUUAUCCAAGGUGAAAUCUGCAGAUCUGCCAUCUCAGACACCUAUACCAGACAUUACCCCAAUGCGAAGAGGCCGUCCAAAUAACCCAGGCCAAGCCCUCAGUUUAUCUGCCAGAGCGACACCAGCAGGUUCUAGAGGAACUAGCAGUGAUCCAUUCGCUGCUCUUGAUUCCAAGGACUUCAAGGUUCGAUCGGCGGCGGCGGAUGAGCUCGCGGCAAAAUUCCCAUCGUUAGAUGAAUUUUCGCUGUUACAUGAUCAAGGAGCUAAAUUUGAAUUCGGCGAUCUCACGUCAGCUGCACCUAAGCAAGAAGGUAUCAACAAACGAGUGACAGAAGCGCUUGCAGACGAAGCGUUCGGCCAAGCCGUAAAUCAGCUGAGACUAGGACCAACAGAAUCCGCACCCACGAGUAAAUCAAGCAGCACCACUGAUCUGAAACGAGCGACAUCAGUUAGGCAAACUGAGCCCAAACUCGUGCCAUCACUAGCAGAGACGCGUUCGCAGCCUCAAAAUAUAUAUGAGCCUGCGCCAGUGCAAAAGCGUUCAACAAUGGUCUCGACCGGCGUCCAGACAUCUCCUCCUCCCUCUCCGUCUCCACCGAAACGGUUUGACCUCAGCUCCAGAGCUCCAAUCUGGCGUGUUCCUCAGCAUCCUUCCGACUCCGAACGAUCGUCAAGUCAGCCAACGUCACGACAGCCCAUCAGCUCCUUUGAUGCUGAGCUGCCGCCCAGGCCUGAGAAAGGAGGUCACAGGUCACACUUACUCGAUCGGCAUAAAACGAAAUCACAAACAUUAUAUGCACAUUCGCCUUCCUCAUCACGACCAUCUUUGGAAGGCCAGAGGCCAACAGCAGCAGAUCUGGAAGACCCGAUCAGUCGCUCAAAAUCUGCGAAUGCACGACCAAGACCCUCUAGUGUUUAUCUUGACUCGAAUUUAGACUACUUGAAGGAGCGCGAAUCAUCGAGGGAGAACGCAUCUGUUGCAGUGCAUCGGCAAGAUUACUCUUCCGCAGUUAUGGAUGAUUCCUCGGAUGAUGACGGCCCGGAGAACCCAGACUCAAACAUAAAUUUCUUACGCGAUCUCGAAGGUAGUUCGAACAAGAGGCAGAGCAGACGACGUAGCAGCGGGAAGUCUCAUCGCAAGAGUAUCCCUUCGAUAUCACUUUCCGGAACCAAGAGCAUCAUUACCGGCAAGUUCAGCGACGCAUUCAAGAAGUUCGAAGGCAACGCACAGAAUCAUGAAAGCGAAGCACGUGAAGAUGAGCUCGUACGCAAUCGCGUAUUGACGCCAAUCACCGGGUCAGAGGCGACAGGCACAAGUGGACGUAGCGAUGAGGCAGCACCGCUGGAACAGACUGAAGACCUUCCUCCCGAAGUGCGACGUGAACUGGAGCGGCAGCAACUUGAACGCGAGGAAGCGCGAGUCGCAGCAGCCGCGGCUGCCUACAAGAGCCGCCUCGCUAACCCAUCAGAAAGAUUAGCUACGCAACAGAAAGGUUCGGCAAUACAGAACCGGGUUCGAGACCUUCUGGAGAGUACCAAGGAGGUCCAGGUUACGCGCACGGCUGAAGGCUAUGGCCGCUUUACAGAAGGCAAUGGAGGUCAGCAACGCAGUUCCCAUGUUGAUCGACCACCGGUUGCACGGAAGCCUGUCGGCAUGUCCAAGCCAGCGGUAACGAAUUCGACGGGGCCAAAGCCGAUUGUUGCACCAAAGCCGAAAAUGUUGCGGACCGGGGGAGCGUCGCAAACGGUAACGGAUCCUUCAGAUGAAGAUUGGGAAGCCAGUUUCCAGAGGAGAUAUCCAAGUCUUGCGGGGUUGGAGAUGGUCGAGACAGACAUUCGACCAGCGACGAGGGUCAAGGAUGUGUAAGAGGCCUAGAGUAAGACGUACCUUGCAUGCAUCUGAGUUCUGAUCCGUGUAGCCUACCAAGAGUGCGGUAGAUCCAUGAACCGUGUGUGUGUGUGCAUAAAGACCAGUCAUCGUGCAGCGAACAAGUCACGCAUGACGAAUGGCCACGGUCAAAGGGAGCGACGUUUGGAAGCUUUCCUGGUAGGAAGCUUGGGUUGUGAUGAGCAUAGAUACACGCAAACAAACCAAGAUGAACGUUGAUAUAACAUUGCAUGUAAGCAAUGUGAGAGGCC